GGAAUUCAUUUCUGGCCAGCUGAGGGUUAGGUUACAUAAACGCCCUGGACUUUGGGAACCUGCAGAGCUGCUGUGACUUCCUGAGCAGAAAGAGAGAGAGAGAGAGAGAGAGAGAGAGAGCAAGAAAGAAGGUUAAGAGUGGAGGCAACAGAAUCAGAACAGUUGUAGAGCAGACAGGCUGUUUCCUGUGCCUAAGAUUUUCAUUCCAGUGACAGGAGGAGUCGGCACCACAGAGGUCCAAGGUUACAGGGCUAGGACUUCAUCUAUUACCGGAGCAGAAAGUUAACAGACGGCACAUGCAGUGUAAGAGAGUAAAGAAAUCUAGGAAGGAAGGAAAGACAGCACAAGAACAUUAAACUGCAGCACAGAGACCUGCUGUACAAUGGAGGAAGAUCCCAAGAGUUAUGAAGAUGCCAUAAACAUGGCAGCCAACCAUAUUCGUCGCUUUCCUCUGGUGGAGGUGCAGGGUGUACCCCUUAUGAGUAUGAUCGCCGAGAAAUGGAGCCUCAUCUCGGCCUUUAACCCAGAUCCCUCUGAUUUGCUGAUCUCCACCUACCCCAAAGCAGGCAUCCUGCCCUGCACAUCACCUCCUCUGCUCCCAGCACAACUGACCCAAAGAAUCAGGAUUGAGAAGCAUUGUGGACCAGGCACCACCUGGACCCAGGAGAUCAUAGAUUUGCUGCUGCACAACGGGGAUGCUGAAGUUUGUAAGAGAGCUCCUACUGUUGAACGCAUCCCCUUCUUGGAGAUCCAGGCUCCUCCUCCUAUUCCAUCUGGCCUCGAACUUCUCACGAUCAUGAAACCUCCCAGGGUCAUCAAGACACACCUGCCCAUCCAGCUGGUUCCUGAAGGCUUCUGGAAAAAUAAAUGCAAGGUGAUUUACGUGGCUCGAAACGCUAAGGACAACCUGGUCAGCUACUACCACUUUGACCGAAUGAAUAAGACUCAGCCAGAACCAGGAACCUGGGACGAAUACAUCCAGAAGUUCAUGAAGGGAAAUUUGGGCUGGGGUUCAUGGUAUGACCAUGUGAAAGGAUACUGGAAGGAAAGAGAGAAGAGGAACAUACUUUACCUUUUCUUUGAGGACAUGAAAGAGAACCCUCGCCGGGAGGUGGAACGGAUCAUGCGCUACCUGGAUCUGUCAGUGAGUGAAGACGUGAUUGAAAAGAUUGUGCAACUGACAUCCUUUAAAGUCAUGAAGGACAAUCCGAUGGCCAACUACACUUUUAUCCCAAAAGUAGUGUUUGACCACUCCGUCUCCGCCUUCAUGAGAAAAGGGGAGGUUGGAGACUGGAUCAACCAUUUCACUCCAGCUCAAUCCCAAAUGUUUGAUGAGGACUAUGUCAGACAAAUGGCGGACGUGGACAUGCCCUUUCGCACCAGCCUCUAAGCAUCUACUUCGUCAAGAACUCCGAAUCGCCCCCUCAGCCAGCCCUGGAUCUCCAAAUCUGGGGUUUCAGUUAGCGUGGACACACCAAGAAGACACUUUAUUCAAGUCUGAUUCCUGCUGAACUUAUAAUAAUAUAGCUUACAAACCCACCGUCCACUCUGUCAGUGAUCCUUAACUCGUAGCUCCAUCUUGCUGCACAUUUGGUGAUGCACAGGUUGUGUUUGCCUUCAUCCAGACCUUCAUCAGUGGUCAGGUUGUGACCUGAGAUCCAAUCUUGACUGGAUAUCCAGAGACACUCUUAAGUAGGGGUGGGACAAAAUAUCAAUAUUGCGAUAUAUUGUAACGUUUAUGUUUGAUAUAUUAUCAAUAGGUGGGAUCAAAUAUCAAUAUUUUUAUUUAAACAUAAGCUUUCUAAACUCCCCAAGACUCGCCCUCCUUACUAAAGUUACGUGGUGGCACUAAUCAAUUGAAUAGGGUAAAACUGCAGUGAAGAAUAUUGGUUGUGAAAUUCUGUGGAACUGACACCAAUGAAUCCAUAAUUCCUGGUAUUUGCUUAUUUAGGAGUAUUUUAUCCUCUUUAGUUACACAGACGCUGUGAAGUAUCGUAGAAAAUUGUCUCUUGAUAUGCAGUAUAUUGAGUAUUGCAGAAUCACAGUAUCGAAAUAAUAUUGUAUUGUGAGAUGCCCUUUAAUUCCCACCCCUACUCUUGAGCUGGAAGAUGUCAGUGUUUGUGGCUGAGAAGAGAACACUUCACCACCCAGAACAACUCUAAUCAACAGUGAUUUUGAGGUAAAAAAAAAUGGUUCUAUUCCUGGAUGGAUCGUGUCCAGCAUGGUUUUGUUGGGUUUGGCCCUCUACAGCCAGAACUAAUGACCACUAGUGUAGAACAUUGGGCAUAAAAAUGUUGUAUAGCUUAAUAGGGACUUGUAAGCUACACCAUAUAGACAAAAGUAUGUGGACACCCUUUCUGAUUAUUGACUACAUCAGCCAUAUUCUGUUUCUCAUAGGGUGUAUCUUGCCUCCAACUGGUCAUGAAAAAUAAGAAAGCACUAACUGUUUGUGCACACCGCAAGCGUCGAAAGCAACACAGAAGUCCUCAUUUUCAAUGAGAGUCAGUGAUGCAAGCAUGAGCGAAGCAAAGUAGGCAAAUACAACAACCUGAUUAAGUUAAGCUUUGCUCAACUUUAUACUAAUGAACAGUGACGCAUGGUGGCAACUACCAGUCAGAAAGCAGGGCUGCACAUUCCCUCGAAACUGCACCUCUGACUUUUGGUUCCUACUGAAGAUUUGUUCCCUUUAAUUCAUGGUGUAGUUCCCCACAAUCUCUCACAUACCUAAAGUGCAAUAAUAUAUUUAUUAUUCAGGUCAAUGUUUUAAUCUACACUAUACACACAAAAGAGCUGCUAUAGACUGUUCAAUGCUGCUAUAGACUGCUCAGAACUGUCCCAGUCAGUUGUUCAUACAUUGAGUCAAGGAACAACAACAGCUCAGUUAUAAAGCAGUAGAUGCCAACACUCCGAGAACACGCAGGGGUAGCUCUAAAAGUCAGUCAUUUCCCCAAACUGUUUGCGUCAACACACUGGUGCCAUUGUGGUUACAUUGCAGAGAGACACAGACAUACAAACGCACACUCACUAUGAUUUAACCACACUCUUUGCUUACAAGUAUAAUAAUCAAACACAACCUCCAAUAUAAAGUUUUUUUUAAACACACAUGAGCAGUACAGUCCAACCCGGCAUAUGCUGCACUGGUUAACUGUACGUUGUGGGUGUAGGUCUGUAUUAAUGCUCAUGGUUUUAGACUGGGUUGUAAUGAUCAGGUGUGCACAUACUAUUGGUUGUAUAGUGUGGGUGAACCUCAUAACAUUGCCUGUAUAUGGAAGCACAGAGUAUGGAUUUCUAAAAAAGUGGAUGAUGUGUGUAUAUUUAUAAUAAUCAGAAAUGAUAAGUAGGUAUUAUGAAUGUUAAACAGAAUCUCAGAUGGUUCACUGGUGCACUAUACAAACCAAAGCAGAGCCAGCUCUUCUGAAACACCAAAGAAAGUAGCAUAUUAUCUUAUCAUCCAUACUGUCUAAAUGUAUUCAUCAUCUGUGGCUUGAGAAAUGAAUGCAAAUCUGUAGAAUCUGUAGAAUCAGUCUGGACUGGAGGUGGCUUCCCUUUGACGACGGAGGGGAGCAGUUGAGUAUCUAACUGGCCUUUUGGGUGGAGUUUUAAAUGAGGUCUUUUAACCAAACUAUAGUAACUAAAACCUGUUUAGUUGCUUUGCAAAAUAUAUAACCAAAACAGUUUAUUAAUAAACAUUUACAGUUCA